UAUUAUCACAGUCUCUAAUAUAUCUCUAUCACUAAGUGUUCAUACUACUCCAUCCGUCCCUUAAAACUUUGUCAUCUUUCCUUUUUGGGACGUCCCAAAAAACUUUGCCACUUUCCCUUUUAAUCAAUUAUUUUGUGAUUUCUGUUAUUUCUCUCUCCUCUGCACAAAUCUCAACCACACAGUUUUUACUUUAUUAUUCUCCGUGCCGGUCAACUUUGGCAAAAUUUUAAGGAACGAAGGUAGUAUAUUUUAUCUCCCUGAUCUUCUGCUUAUUUCCUUCCAUUUUAUAGCAGAUUCAAAAUAGUCGACCUUUUUGACCCUUUUCCGUAAAAAAUCAUUUUCGAACUUCGGUUCUUCCCGAACUGAACAAGCCAGCGUAAUCGUGUUUCUUCAUUACCACACAUUUCCAUCUGAUGAAUACAAUGUAACCAUCGUCUCCAUGCCACAUCCUAUCCAUCUCUCUUCCACCGCAGCUCCGGUCAGUCCUCAACUCCCCGCCCCACCAUCCAAACUCCACCACCUCCCUCCUCCGCCUCCUCUCCCGGCUUCCUCCGAACCCACUCGCCGUGUAAUUUCCUUCGUUCCGAAUCCCAAACCAUCUAAAGCCACCGCACCAGUCAAUACUCAACUUCAAGAAAAUCUCCUCUACUUGGAUUCCCUUGGGAUAGACUCCUUCCGUUGUCUCGCCUCUCAUCCCCUGCUUCUCUCUGCCUCACUUCUCCAAUUCAAAUCCGUCGUCGAUUUCUUGUACACCCUCGACAUCAGUAUACGCGAAAUCCGCCGUGCGGUACACAUGUGCCCGGAAAUCCUAACUGCCUCCGUCCCGCGUACUUUACGCCCCGCGGUUAUUUUCCUGCUCCACGAGGCUGGAGUGGAAGGACGGAACCUUCCCGGCGUCAUACACGGCCGGCCGCGGCUUCUUACCUGCAGCGUGGAGGAGCAACUCCGUCCGGCUCUCUUUUUCCUGCAAAGUGAUGUUGGAAUCAAGGAUGUUAGCAGAUGGACGGCCUUGCUUUCGUGUUCUGUGGAGUCCAAAUUCAUGCCCAGGCUCGACUACUUUCAGAAGCUAGGGUUUUCGAAAGGAGAGGCCAUAUUAAUGUUCAGGAGGUUCCCUUCCUUGUUCUGCUACAGUAUUGAAGAGAAUAUGGAACCGAAAUUCAAUUACUUUAUGGUGGAAACGGGGAGGGAGUUGAAGGAACUGAUUGAUUUCCCUCAAUACUUCUCCUAUAGCUUAGAAAAGAGGAUAAAACCUAGGCAUCAAACAUGCAAGGAGAAAGGGCUGUGUUGGUCCUUGCCUUUCAUGCUGAAAUCGUCAGAGGUGCUAUUUCAGGAGAGAUUGCAGGUGUGCUGUAAUUCAUCUAUGCCGGUGAGAUCUUCACCUUUGUGGUGUGCCGGAAUCUGAUCAUAGGUAAAGAUAUAUAAUUUCCUAUCCAAUUGUUCAUUUCCAUGUAUAUGUUAUUGCGGCAGAAUCACAUUUUGUCACUCUAAGAGCCCUUCCUGUCUUCCUAUGUAUUGUUGAUGUAUGUUGGAAUGCUCUGGUUUAAAAUUAGUUUCACUGCUUCAUUUAACUUCUCAUGUAUAUUGAUCAAUGAAUGUUGAAUAAUAUUGGUGGAAUGCAUGAAUCUUUCUUUCUUAUUUCAAUAA